GAUUUCAACAAACAGAUUCAUCGAAGAUGUCUUUCACAAUCUCCACAAGCUUCUUUCAACCGCUCGACCUGAAAUCAUCGCAUUUUGGAUCCAGAUCGAAGCUUACCAGUACCGGUAUUGUGUGUUCCGGCGCCGGAGCAGAAGACAAAAGCAAGGUAACCGAUGGAAACGCAUCGUUGAAAGCGUUGUCCGCAGCACUCGCACUCUCUUCGAUUUUGGUUUCGUCGACGGUGCCUGCGCUUCCGGCAAUGGCCGACAUCUCGGGACUCACUCCUUGUAAAGACUCCAAGCAGUUUGCCAAGAGAGAGAAGCAGCAGCUCAAGAAGCUGGAAAGUUCUCUCAAGCUUUACGCACCGGAUAGUGCUCCUGCACUUGCUAUUAAGGCUACAAUGGAGAAGACCAAGCGCAGAUUCGACAACUAUGGAAAGCAAGGAUUGUUGUGUGGAUCGGACGGGCUACCACACUUGAUCGUGAGUGGAGACCAAAGGCACUGGGGCGAAUUCAUUACCCCCGGGAUUCUAUUUCUGUACAUAGCCGGAUGGAUCGGGUGGGUCGGAAGGAGUUACUUGAUAGCUAUUCGGGAUGAAAAGAAGCCUACACAAAAAGAGAUCAUCAUCGACGUUCCUUUAGCUUCCCGACUCGUAUUCCGUGGAUUUAGUUGGCCCGUUGCUGCUUACCGUGAGUUCUUGAAUGGUGAACUUAUCGACCCGACCGUCUAACUUCUUGUUUUGCUACAAAUCUAUAUGUAUCUAAUGUUCUUUAUUUUCCGAUACUUUGUUUGUGGCUAAAUUUUAAGGGAUUGUUUCACAACUUGAAAUGUACAUUUUUCUAUCGAUUUAGAACAUC